UUCAUCUUUGAGUUGCAACAGAGACUGCAUCCAGAGUAUAAAAACCCAGAAAAAUCCCUCAACGCAAUAGUGACCCAGCUGUACAAGGAAAAAAAAACGAAGGACGAUGUCAUACCGUUGAUGGUCAACCGUGUCAACGAGGCUAUCACGACAAGGAUGCGUGCGUUAGCGGAACAGGUCGCUGCAACUAUGGACAAUAGCUCGGUUCCGACUGCCGACUCUGUUGAAGAUGACCCGGAGCCACCGCUAAGUGGGAUUCGCGCGCGAUUUGGAGCUCGCGCUACGUUUCGUCAAGUUCCGAUCCAGCCGGAUCGCGUCGGUCAAGAGCUUCGAAACUGGGAGCUCGAUCAGUCUACGAUGGGGCCGCUCGAAAAUGUGCUUGAUUUCUGGAAGCGAAUGGAGCAUAGCGGUUCCUACAGCAUUUUACCCAGAUUGGCCAAGAUUUUGUACGCUUUACCUGCCUCCUCUGCCCAAAUCGAGCGGGACUUCAGCGUAUGUGGUGAUAUGGUGACUUCGCAUCGCGGAAGCCUAUCCAAGGAAAACGUCGACAUGUGUGCUUUUCUGAAUCGCAACGAAGAGUAUGUCGACAUUGCCCAAUGCAAAGCGAUACCAGAUGACGAACUGGACGAUCAUCGCCCCGACUGUGUGAGCUACGGGUUGGAUGCAACACCGCCGAACGAUGUGCAAGAUGAAAUGAUAGUUGAAAUAUUCUCUCAAGCAAGCGUCGAAGAGGAAGAAAUGUCAUAA